AUGCCAUCAAAGAGAUCCUUGCUGCGAACUCCCUACCAAGUGUUGACACAAGGCCUGGAAAAACUUCUUACGGAUCAUGGCUAUGUCCUAACGGCAGAAUUAGAACGAGAUAUUGCCAAGAAGUGGGAAUGGCAUGGAGAUUUAGUCUUGUUACCUAAAAAUUCAUUCCAACAUGAAAUCUGGCCUCAGUUUGGUCACAAAUUAUGGGAGACAAUUGCUGACUGUUUGUCAUGCAAGCGUUUGGCAAGAAAAGAUACUAUUAUUAAUAAUGACUACCGAUGUCCCCAAGUAAGGUUGCUACUUGGAUCAGAUGGGUGGGUGAGGCAUGUUGACAAUGGCAUCAAAUAUCACUAUGAUGUGACCAAGUGCAUGUUAAGUGCGGGAAAUAUCACAGAGAAAUUACGAAUCUCAACAUUUGAUUGUCAACAUGAGACAAUUGUUGAUUUAUAUGCUGGUAUUGGCUAUUUUACUCUUCCUUAUUUGGUUCAUGCAAAAGCCAGUGUGGUUCAUGCUUGUGAAUGGAAUCCAGAUGCUGUCCAUGCCUUGAAAGAAAAUCUUAAAUUGAACAACGUUGCUGAGCGGUGUAUCAUUCAUUUUGGGGAUAACAAAAAGGUGUGUCCUCAUGGAGUUGCAGAUCGAGUCAAUCUUGGCUUGCUUCCUAGCAGUCGGGAAGGCUGGCUUCCAGCCUGUCUCUCUCUCAAAAGUGAAAUGGGUGGCAUCCUCCAUAUCCAUGAGAAUGUUACCACAACUCCCAGUAGCAAAUGUGAAGAUAUAAGAAUGAAACUACAGAACCGUGCGGCCGAAGCAGCUGCUGAGUUAUCAGCUACUCUCCAGGGUCAGACAAACAUGCUGCCAAUUUACCGAAACUUGAACCAAGCAUCACCUGGUAGUGGAGGGGCUACGUCCAGCCAUUCAUAUCUUGCUAAUGACAUUCAUAAAUUUACGCCGGAUGAUCCUCACCCUUCUGACCAAGAAGAUGCAGAUAUUAUUAAAGUCUAUCAGACCUGGAACUAUGAGAAAGCACCUUCUGUGAAACAGCUCCAGCGACAAGAGCAAUGGGAUUCAUGGGCAGCUGAUGUGGCAGCAUCCAUUCGUCAUAUUCUGGAAGAGCUUCAUUGCAAGCCAUGGGCAACUAUUGUGAAACAUAUUGAACAUGUUAAGCCCUACGGCCCUCACAUUGACCAUUUAGUAUUAGAUCUGGAAUGUCGUCCGGUUGAAAGAUUUGCUCAUCAUGGAAUCGCGUAUUAG